GCGUCGCUGAUUACGUAAUACUGCUGCGGCCCGACAGUUCCACUGGCUCGCGUGUACGCGGCUGCCAGCUUCCAGUACUCGGAGCUUGACUCUUGUAGUGCCUGCGAUCCGCGCCGACUCCAGCUACAGCCCAGCUGCCACCUGAGUAUGGACUCCGCCAGCCAAGAUAUCAACCUGAAUUCUCCUAACAAAGGUGGGCUGUCUGAUUUCAUGACUGAUGUCCCUGUUGAACCAGGUGUGGCCCCCCGAGCUCCAGCUGUAGAGGGCCUGACAGAGGUGGAGGAGGAAGAGCUUCGGGCUGAGCUUGCUAAGGUGGAAGAAGAAAUUGUCACCCUGCGCCAGGUCCUGGCAGCUAAAGAGAGGCACUGUGGAGAGCUGAAAAGGAGGCUUGGUCUCUCUACUUUAGGGGAGCUGAAGCAGAACCUGUCUAGGAGCUGGCAUGAUGUGCAGGUCUCUACUGCCUAUGUGAAAACGUCUGAGAAACUUGGAGAGUGGAAUGAGAAAGUGACCCAGUCUGACCUUUACAAGAAGACUCAAGAAACCCUUUCACAGGCAGGACAGAAGACAUCUGCUGCCUUGUCCACCAUGGGUUCUGCCAUCAGUAGGAAGCUGGGAGACAUGAGCAGCUACUCCAUCCGCCAUUCGAUAAGUAUGCCGGCCAUGAGGAACUCUGCAACCUUCAAGUCAUUUGAAGACCGAGUGGGGACCAUAAAGUCUAAGGUUGUGGGUAGCAGAGAGAAUGGCAGCGAUAACCUCCCUUCCUCACCUGGAAGUGGUGAUCAACCAUUAUCGGAUCAUGCCCCUUUCUAAGCUUGUCAUAGCUUAUCAUCCACAGAAUACAGAAGCACACCCUCAUCAUCACAGCUGCAACUCUGCAUGACAGAGCAACCAGCCAGGGCCAGUGAAGAGCUGGUUUUGAAGACAGUCAUACCCAUCUACAUGCAGAUGUGGCUGCCGCCUUGGCAUGAAUUAGAGAACAGUCUUGUACAUAAAUGUUUUACACUAAAGUUCAUAGAUGAAGCAGAUCACUGUGCCAUCCUUUCCAGGGCCACAGGAAGUGGACAGGGUGGGGGGGGCUCGAGGACUAUUGAACAGGAGCCAUGUUCCCUUUGGUGGUCUCACCAGAAUGCUGAGGGGAAGAAUUGUCAGGGGUAUUGAGUGAACAGCAUUUCCUUGCCUGCCCUUCUCCUCCUAGCUCAAGGAAUACACUCACCUAGGUCAUGCUGCAUGGUUAUAGUUUUUCUUACAGAUUUGAGGAAUGAGAGAGUUCUCUAUUUUCUGAGACCCUAGAAAGGAAACCUAAGCAAUUGCUUCAUUCUUAGAAAACAACCUGGCUUUGGCAGAAGCAGAUCCACUAUUUUUUAAAUGUGAUGGACUUUUCAAAAAUUAAAUAGAAAAAAGGCGAGGCAAAACAACUUUAGCCUCAUUAUUGAAAAAUAUUUCUUUGAAUUCAAGCCUUACAUUGCCUUAUGCUUUAUUUGUUUAUAAUCUUUUUUAUAUCCCUAUACAUGAGGGUUCUUUAAUGGGUUAUGAGUACUAUGUAGAAUUUUACCUCUGGCCCAUCUCAUACUCUGCCAGUACCAGUUAGUGCAUUUUAUUUCUCUAACACUAUCUCCUGGUGUGCAAAACUUGGUUCUUUUUAUGAAUGGCAUUUCCUGGUAGCUUUCCACUCUGGCACAAGGCUCUUGUGCUGUGGGUCAGGAGCGCUGAGAGAAGGAAAAAAGCCUCAGUCUUUGGCGUCCUAAUGGGAUAUGCCCUGCACAGUGUUGCUUUACUGACAGUGAGCAGGGCUCUGGUCCAUAGUUCCUGCCUGCCUGUCCAUUACACAAAGACCAAAUGAAAAGCAGAACCAGCCCUGCAGGUCAGGUAGGGGAUGUGGUUUUGGUUCAGCCAGAACUCUGCUGUCAUCUUUUCUCAGGAGCUACAAAGAUUUCUUCUAAGUUCCCUUCUCCUGCCUCCAAUUGCCACAUUCUGCAUCCUCUCAAUGCCAGGGCCCUGAGUGUUGGGAGGCAUGGUCUGGAGGGAGGGGCAGCACUGUGCCUUAGUGGCUCUUAGCAGGGCAAAUACUUUGUCUUUUGUGCACAUCUCUGCACUCCUGGAGGAAGGAUGGGGUCUGUCCAUAUUAGUGUCUGGUUUGAUCCAAUGUGUUCCUUGGUUUCUUUGGAUGCCCUUAGAAUACUGUACCACACAAAGCAAGGAACCAUGAGGAACCGGGGAGCUGAGAAACAGACAUCUUGGUGUCUUCUCUUUCAGGAUUAAAAAUCAGUAGUUGUGUGAGGAGGCAGGCUACAGGAGUGCAGGUCACUGAUGUAUCUUCCUACAAAGAAUAAGAGGCAACUUGUCAAUAAAGCGUUCCUUUGGAGUAAAAUCCACA